AUGCCGUAUGGACAAGCAUGGCGGAAUCAGAGGAAAAUAUAUCAAGCUAUUCUCAGCAUCACGGCGGUGCGCGCUCUCACACCAUUGCAGGACGCUGAGGCUACAUUGACCUUGUAUCAACUUGCACAAUCUCCUGAACUUUACUACGACCAUAUUAGGAGGUACUCCACCGCCGUGAUCCUGUCUUCAGUUUUUGGACCAAUUCACCGCCAUCCUGGAGACAGGGGCAACGCCCCCAUUGACAUAUUUCCCUUCCUCAAACGUCUGCCUGACUUCGUAUCCCCCUGGCGCCGUUGGGCCCGCCGAAUUCGAGCUGAGCAGCGACAGCUUUACUUUGAGCUGCUGCAGGAGGUCAAGGGUCGGCGGGAACGAGGGAUCCAAGUGAACUGCUUUAUAAGCCAGUUGCUAGACGAGAAAGCGAAGUACGAAUUGGACGACGAGCAUAUCGCAUAUAUUGGUGGUGUGCUGAUGGAAGGUGGUUCGGACACUACCGCAUCUACGCUACUUUCGUUUUUACUGGCCAUGGUCAAGUAUCCUAAGGUGUUCCGAAAAGCCCAGGAAGAGGUUGACCGUGUAUGCGGGACGAAAGAAUCCCCUACAUUUGAGCUUCUCGCACAUUUACCUUACGUGAAACACUGUGUUUCUGAAGUCCUUCGCUGGAGGCCGGUUGCAGCUGGCGGUAUUCCACAUGUGCUGAUCCAAGAUGAUGAGUACAAAGGAUACAAAUUUCCUACAGGCAGCACGUUUCUGGCUAAUGCAUGGGCGAUCCACCAUGAUCCGGAGCUCUACGACUGCCCAGACGACUUCGUCCCAGAGCGCUACGAGCACAAUCCUCUAGGUUUCAAGUCUGAUAUCGAAGAAGUGACGGAUGGCAUCCGGAAGACAUACGGGUUUGGAGCAGGUAGACGAAUUUGUCCUGGCUUCCAUCUUGCUGAAAAUUCCUUGCAUAUUAACGUGGCGAAAGUCCUCUGGGCCUUCGAUAUUCGUGCCGGAACGGAUCCCACCACAGGACGUCCGCUGCAAGCCGAGGAGGUCAAUGUUGACAUAGCUACGCAGUGGACAGAUGGAUUUCUGAUUGCGCCGAAGCCGUUCCCGAUUGUUAUGUCGUUGCGCUCGGAAAAGCACCGUGAGGUAUUGGACAGGGAGCUUGAUGAAGCUCAGAAGGUUUUUCAGAGAUAUCAAGAUUAG